AGCAUUAUAUUUGACAAUGCUCGUCGUGAAGCUGUGACGUCAUCUGGCGGAGGCUUUGGGUACGUUUUUGCGAGGUGGGGGCGUGAGGUGGGUGCACACGUAGAAGAGAAGAGCAGCGAGGGGGGUGACUGGUUGGAUGUUGUCAUGUAUGAGCAGCCUGAGGAUGCACAAUAGCAGGUCGAGACCACCGUGCUCAAUUGCGGAUUAGAGUAGGAGGAGGAGAGGAAGGCUCUUUUAUACCCCCCCCCCCCCAAAAAAAAAAAAAAAAAAAACGAGGGGAACGAAGGAAGGGAGCCAACCCGAGACCGGAGGACACCGAUGCUGUUGUUGUUGUGGCGGCGACGAUGCGACCCCACUGCUGGCUGAUGUUGGCUCUGACGGGGGUCAUGUCGUACAUCAGCCCGGAGAGAGCACUCGGCGCCCCGCAGAGAGAAGUUUCUCAGAGCAGGACCGCCUCGCUGUCGCCUCCACCUUACGUGGUCAUCCUCAUCUCUUGCUCUGGGCUCGUCUCCUUUGUUCUCCUGCUCCUCACCUGCCUAUGCUGCAAGAGGGGAGGAGUGGGAUUCAAUGAGUUUGACAAUGCUGAUGGGGAGGAAUGUUCCGGAGGGUCCAGCCCCAUCCAGGAGGACAGCCUGUCGUCGUGCCCGUCGCUCCCUGAGGUCUAUACGCUGCCCGUUAGGGAGAGGCCCAACUGUGCCGCCCUGCACGAUGCAGACUCCAAAUCGCAAUGCUUCAAAAGGCACACUUUGAACUACCUGCAGGAGAUUGGAAAUGGAUGGUUCGGAAAAGUGAUCCUGGCCGAGGUGCUGUGCGACUGCAGCUCCUCGCAGGUGGUGGUCAAGGAGUUGCGGGUCAGCGCCAGCCCGCUGGAGCAGAGGAAGUUCUUGGCUGAGUCGGAGCCGUACAGGAGUCUGAAGCAUCCCAACAUACUUCAGUGUCUGGGCCAGUGCAGCGAAAGCAUCCCUUUUCUCCUGGUCAUGGAAUUCUGUCAGCUGGGUGACCUGAAGCGGUACCUGCGGGCCCAACGGAAGUCCGACGGGAUGACGCCAGACCUUCCCACGCGAGACCUGUUGACUCUUCAGCGGAUGGCCUUUGAGAUCACGUCAGGCCUGCUGCAUCUUCAUGAGAACAACUACAUCCACAGUGAUCUGGCUCUGCGGAACUGCCUGCUGACCUCUGACCUCACUGUGAGAAUAGGCGACUACGGCCUCUCGCACAACCAGUACAAGGAGGACUACUACCUAACUCCUGACAAGCUUUGGAUCCCACUGCGAUGGAUUGCUCCCGAGCUGCUAGAAGAGUACCGAGGAGCUUUAAUCGUCACCGACCAAACCAAGACCAGCAAUGUGUGGUCCCUAGGGGUGGUCAUAUGGGAGCUCUUUGAGUUUGGCUCUCAGCCUCACAGGCAUCUAAGUGAUGAGGAAGUUCUAACAUUUGUCAUCAGAGAGCGACAGAUCACACUGGCCCAGCCGAGAUUGAAACUGUCCCAUGCAGAUUACUGGUAUGAGAUCAUGCAGUCCUGCUGGCUACCUCCUUUGCAGCGACCAUCGAUGGGCGAAGUUUUCCUCCUUCUUUCCUCCCUUCUGGCUGCUGAGCGAGGAACAGCGAGAGGUAGCGUUGGUGACGAGGACGAAGAGGAUGAGGAAUAUGAUGACGGGAGAAGGACGAGAGGCGAGAGCGAGGAGUCCUUCGAAAGACGCUGGGACUUGCUCCGCCCAGCUGCCUUCCAGGCGGCGGCGCACGAGCGGCAAAGAGAGCGCGAGUGUAGCAGAGAGGACCGCCACGGCUCCUACCCACUCCUUGACCCCGUGGGAAACCGUGGCGUGCAUUCCUCAUCGGAAUUGGAUGACAUACUGACCGUGACAGAAACCAGCAAAGGCUUGAACUUUGAGUAUUUUUGGGAGAAGGCCAAUGCUAGACGAGGCUACAAACCUCUCCCCCCGUCUCAACCCAUCCCGGCUGCAAACAACAACAACCACAGGCAGUGCUUGGACACCCCUACUGUGGUCCCAGUGAUCAGCGCACGCAGCCCUUCCCUCGCUAGCGAGUACUAUAUCCGAUUAGAGGAGCACACUCCCCAGGACAAUUCGCCAAAUAUUAGAGGAAAGAGCCAGCAUUCUUGUAGGUCAGACUCUAUUUGUCCUGGAGACAUGGAGCUUGUGGAGAUCCGCAGUGGUAUGCUGGGAAAAGAGCGAGUGCCCUAUUGUUCCUCUGACAAGUGUGCCGGUGGAAAAGGCAUCCAGACUGUGCGAUCGAGUGAGGUGAAACUCCAGGUGCCCAACAUGGGCGUGGCUGAGUUCAGAGACACUUCAAGCAGAGUGACUGACUUCUCAGUAAUCAAUUUAGGAGAAGAUGAAGAAAACAAGACUCCUGACAAGAAACCACCCUCGAGUUUUCAAGCUCCAGUCCUUCCUCCAAAACCUCGCUCGCUGUCUUUGUCAUCAGGCAACCACCUUCACUCACGCCCGCUGCCUGCACGCCCACUUGGAUACAGAGGGCUUCCUCAUUAUAACAAGAGUGGCAAAAUCGAGACUAACCCCCUUCAGAUGAACAGCUGCCCACCUUCUAGCUUUGGUCACUUAGGGCUCCAUCGCUCUCGACAGACAUUGCCACCAUCGCCGUCUCUCUCUCCGUCCCUUCCGCCGUCCAGUCAUCCCAUUUACCCCCCAACUCAAAUGUGUCCGCCGCCUCUCCCUCCUCACUCAAAACAAAGAACUUGCCCUAGCUACAACACUGACCUUUAUGCUAGAUACAGUAAUAGAUCUAUGAGAGACCCACUAUCCUGUGAUUUUGGUAAUAAAGAAACCAGACAAACAACAUCAACGCACAACUCCAAGGGGAGCCCAUACUCCGGCGUGAAAGACUUUGAAUCACCCAUUCGCAGGGAAAAUCCCUUGCGCCCGAUUUAUCGCAAUAUACCUCGCCCUCAGCCAGGGACUGAUGGGCAUUCCUCAUCCAGUCCCACCUACUCCGAUGACGAUGAUUCACCUUUCAUGUCACCUGAGAAAUCAAGCAGCAGCACCACUGUCACUCAUUCGAGCCUGUCUGAGGACGCAGAUCCACCCUCUGGAGGGCUCUUUUCCAGAGGGAUGAAAAGGACCCAGUCACGCCUCGAUACCAUCUUGCCAGCCAUUUGGAAGGAAGAUGCAGAACUUCAGGCAAAAGGUAUGGCCAGUGCCAAGAAAUCCCCUAUGCACCUGUUCCUUACAGAGAUAUCUGCAAUGACAGAGUCGAGUGAAUCCAAGUCCAAUGUUUUAUGGGAGUCUGGGCAGAAAGACAAUAGAGAUGGUGAGAGAUCAAAACAUGUUGUGUUGCCUAGUAAAGGGAUGCGCCGUUCCCAGUCUCUGAUCACAGAGCUGGGCUCAGCAGAACAGUCAUGGGCAUCAGAGAAACACAACAACAGCAUGAGAACGGGGAAGGACUUAACAGCAUCUAAUGAAUUGUUCCAGGGGGAUCUUUUUCUGACUGAGAUUGAUACGGACACAGAUUUGAACGGAGGGUCAGGAAAUGAUCCUGUGAAAUACCUCUACCCAGCAGGAUCAAGGUUGUGGCCGUAUGUCUGUGCUCCACACCUUUCCUCAUCCACUGAAUCUGAAGACACUAAUGCAAAAGGGAUAAGAAGGUCCCGUUCCCUCCUCUCUGAGAUCACCACUGGGAAAGCAGAGUGUCAAUCACAGCAGACUGAGAAGGCGCCACAGAGAACAGAAAUGACCAGGGAAGAAUUUAUGAAGGAGAUCCAAUCAGCUGAGACGUUUCUCACUGAAAUCAUAUCAAAGCAAAACACAGCUACAAACAGGAAAGGAGCAGAUUCUUCCCCUACCCCUCUCUCGCCCGAGUAUGAGUCCAUAUGUAUUGACCCAAAUUCAGCUCAAACCAUCUGGUUUCAAUCAGAGAGUUCAAUACGCUCAUCUAGCAGAGGAAAAGAUGAAACACAAACUGAGGCCAUCUACGCCCAAGUCACCAAACCUGCCAAAAAGAGUGAGAUCAAAGUUUCUACAAGACCUGAGAUCCCGAUCCUUCAUAUUGGCUCAAACAUAAAACCGGACAACCAAGGAAACAAAGCAGACGACUACCAAUCUGGUGUCUUUUCGGAAAUCAUGCCUAAAAAUGGCCUACUGCACAACCAAACACUUGCAUGUCAGAAAGGGGAAGAGUGUUUGGAUGGGCCUGCUUUACCCUUGAGAGGAGAAGACCAAGGCACCGAUCUUUCAGAACUUUCACCUAAAGUGCGCAGCAGGGAUCUUGAAGACUCCAUCACUGUGAGAUCUUUUGUUACAGAUAAUAGUCCGAAAGGUUCUUCUUUCCUGAAUGGUGAGCUAAUGAGUGAUGACACACCGGAUAGUAUUCCCGAUAGAGAUCAAAUGACAGUGAGUGAUCCUGGCGGUGAAAGGCCCGACACUGAUAAGGUGUAUGCAGCAGAUGAAUUGUAUCACUCAAAAGAUUGUGGCACAAUGAACACAAAGAUAUGCAAUAAGCAUUCACUACAGCACAAUGAUAAUGUUCCUGAAAAGCAUCCUGCCGAUAAAGAUAUCACUCCAACCACUCCAGAUUGGGAUGUGUCUGGUGACAUCUUCCUGGUCACCCCCACUGACUCUGUCUUGUCACCCAUGACGUCCAGCUCGGCAGACUGCAUCACUCCUAGUGACUCCUGGAUGGGCGUGGGAGGCGGGGGGUGGCGGGCUCUAGGCAAUGAAACGCCCCAUCGGGACUCAGCCUAUUUUUCAGACAGUGAUUGGGAAGGGGAUGGGAUGAGCAGGAGGAGUAGCGAGGGACUUGUUAGCUCAAGGCCGAGCAGUGGCCGAGGGGGUGACAGGGGAGCACUCACCGGGAUUGAGGAAAAAACGGAAACCGAAGAAGAGGGGGAGGGUGAACAUAAGCACCCUAUAAAAAAGAGUAUACAAAUAUCGGAGAUUACAUCAUGUCAGAAUAAUUUCUCUCAUUCUGGUAGUGUCUCAGUUUGUCCAGUCAAAGGGUUUAUUCCAGGGCAGAGAGAUGAUUCUGGCAUUUUCCUGAAUGGUCAAAAAUCCUCCCAACUGAUUGAUGGCCCCCAAACCAACGACUGUCAUGACUUUAUUGAUAAAUUGUUUUCCAAACUGGAAGAUGCGCCCCCAAUGAGUUUCACGGAUAGUGAUGGUUAUGCAAAAGGCCAGCAAUGCGCAGAUGAUGUAAUCUCUCAUGUAACAGACUGCAAGAGAAAAGAUUUGAAGCUACAUUCUGACAGAUACAAGGAAUACACAAAAAUAGAAAACAGUGUCACUUCUUUAAAGGUCCAUCACUGUGAAGAUACCGUAAUAGAAUCUCUCGUUGACAACACGGAAUCCAAAUUGUCUCACCUGUGUGACGGUUCUACCAAGGACCCCAGACUUAAUGAAAAAAAGACAUCAUUAAUGGAGUCAAAUGUAGGAAAAAUGAUAGAGCAUGAACUAAACAGUCCAGCUUUCGUCUCUUGGACAGAGGAAGGUGUUGAAAACCCCAAGAUAAGCAACAACAUGCCGGACCUAGAGCUACAUCACACAGACCACAACCAGCUUGGCCUGAGAGACCUGCACUGCUCAGACGGAUGUGAGAACAAGACUGCAGAGGUCAGGACAGAGUCAGAGAAAAAACUAGCAGCUGCAGAGCUGAGUAACGUCACAAAGGAGAGGUCACCCUUGAGGGAAAUGCAACGUACGUCCAACAUUGUCAUUCAUAACAGCAACGAUGGGAUAGUGGAAGACCACAACAAAAGUAAUUGGUUUGACUGCCAGCGUUAUCCACAAUCAGGUGAAUUGGAUGUUUGGCCCAAUGAAAACGAUCAGUGGGCCUCUCCGGAAAAGAGGUGUCCAGAAAAUGAGCUCAGGUCUGAACUAUUCCCCAGUUUCCAGACUGAAGCUUGGGAGGUGGCUGAGCGCGUUGUUGUGGGUCAGGAGUUUUGGGAGGCUGAAGAAAAUGAUGAACUUGCAGGAAGCGAACCACACCCUUCUGUUUUGGUCGGCUGUGAGGAAUCAUGGAAUAAUGAAAGGCAGGGGUUAACAGAAAGUCUAACUGUGAAGGAAAAUGUUGACCAAGACACUAAGCCGGAGUCUUUGUACAUUCAACAGGUUGAAAAUCGGGAGAACCUCCUGGAAAUAGACAGAUUUGAUCCAUUAGUAAACAUAUCACCUGAAAUGGAGAAUAAUGAAAUACUGGAACUAGAGUCCUCCGAGGAAGAUGAGAAGCACAAGUCAUUAUGCCUGAAAAUGAUCGAGGGCGGGCAUCUUACGGGGUCAGAGGAGAAUCAGAAUUUUAAUACUUGGCCUCAGAAUCAGCUCUGUGACCUCCAGGAGGAGGAGCCACACCCACCAAGAGAAAAAAAUGACAGUUCUGUUUUAGUGAACUGCUACUCUCACACUUUGGAGUGUAAACGUGCCAAAAUAACCAUUUGCAUCACUGAAGCCCCUCAGGAGAAGUUCCCCGACCAAGAAAACCUUGACUCUGACUUAUAUCAUGAAGCUGAGAGAAGAAUUCCAUGCGGUGCAAAUCAUUUCACUGAAGAAAGUGUGAGCACUGCAAAGGUAGAGGAUUUCACAGAUGAGCCAGUGGUAGACAAUUUCAGCUCAGUGGACUUCCCCAGUCCUCCACCAAGCAUAGAUCUUGACGUGCAGGAUGAUAAACUCGAGAAUUUAGACGACUCUUUUCCGAGUCCACCCCAAUCCAUUUUAGAGACUGAAGAGUUUAGCAAUUCCCUGAAUCUAGAACCUUUUAACACUGAGGCAGAAUCUCCCAAAAGUAAUUUUUGUAUCGUGACAAAUCUAAAUGCCCCAUCUGAAAAUGUAACACAAGACAUUAAGAGCGACACCACUGAGACUAAAGGUCAGAAUGAUUUCAACUCAUCACAAGCUCCAAAUAAUAGCCUGCCAGAAUUAUUAAUUUCCGAAUGGAAAGAUAUGGACGAGGAAGCUUUGGAGGAUUUUGAAAAACUGGAACAACUGUGUUGUAUAUCUGGAGAUGAGGAGGACACAUUAGGUGAUAUUUUUUUGGAAAACCUAGACCUUUUGGAGUCCCUAAAGAAAAUGCCAGAUCAAAAAGCCACCAAUUCUAGCCUUUGCGGAGAGGCGACAAGUGAUUUGACCAUGAAGGCGAACAGGGCGGCUUUGGAUGGAACUCCUGGUGAAUCGAAUAAAUUGAUAGAGUCCUCAGACACAGAGGACAGAGAUGCCAUGUUGAGGUCAUCAGGACAAAGUCCAGAUUUUAAGGACCAGAGAUCUCUUUCCACGAUGACCACCAAGAAUGGCCUAAUGAUGCAGGUGUGUGAGGAACGGCUGCAGUUCUCCCUCAGUGAAAAUGUGAAAACAAAUGUGCUUUGGGGAGCGACAGUUAAGGACACGGUCACACUUCGGCCCUGGGGGGAGCAAACGGCCGAGAACAACAGCGAGGAAGUUGCCGCAGAAGAACAAAACCAGGACAAAAGACAAACUGAACAGGAAAGUGUGUCCUGCACCAAGUCCGACUCAAAGUGUGAGGAAACUGAAACCGAGCCGCUCACUGUGAUUGAACAGCCAGAGGUUACGACGCUGCAGUCCUCUGCAAACCAGGCGAUCAAAGCAAAAGUAGCUCGUCUGUCUCUGGCUCUCCCGCCUCUCGCACUGACUCUGCCCCUCACGCCUACCGGCAAAGGAGGAUUUGGGGACGGCGCAAUCGGCAAUCGGAUCGGAAGACGGAGAGGUUUGCUUCCGGGGAGCGAUCCAGAAGACGAGGAGGAAGACGAGGCGGAGGAUGAAAGUUCCCGCAGGGUCAUUGUUGUCACAGAGACGGAUGUGGAUAAACGCGUGGGCCUCAGGAGCCUGCUCAAGUCGCCCAAGGAGCCACUGGACAGAGAGCGGGACAGAGGGAGAAAUGUGUCCUUUUUUGAUGAUGUCACCAUUUAUCUUUUCGAUCAGGAAACUCCAACCAAUGCAUUGAGCACUUCAGCGCCGACCACUCCAGCUGCGGUGUCUGUUAAAAAGACAUUACAUGGUCCCGGCAGCAAAAACAAAGAUUCCAAGCGCAAAGAAGCUAGGGUCCCAGUGGGCAGGGCCAAUGCUGUGACAUCAUCACGCUUCACCGUCAGCCCCGCCAAGGACCCUCACGUGGCGUGAUGCCGCUUUAACCACGCGAAGACUUUCGAGAUGAACCCUCUGAGACUAAGCCGUGAAUGAACCCAACCAACCAGCCAUUUAGUCACACAGAGGCUAUUUUUCUACUGGAUAGGCGAGUGGUAGAGGAAGACUCGUUUGGAAACACUGGACACGGUCCAGUUUUGACCAGCUACACUGUUUACAGAGUUUAUUCAAGCAUCUUUGGAAGGCGGAAUCCGUAAAGUGUUUUGACAUUUAUGCAGCGGGAGUCUCGCUGUGUACCAGUUUCUCUUUUCUGCAAGGUUACUUUCCAAAUGAAAGGGGAAUGCUGUUUGUUUUUCUGGAUUUUUUUUUCUUCCCAUUUUUAAUUUUAUCAGGCCUCUCUUCAUGGACACUUUUAAUUGCAGUCGGUUUGAAACGCAAUCUGUUGAGCUCAUGUCGGAAUAUUUUGACAUUUGUACAAAACGCCAACAUACAAAGUGAAUACGAUAUCACUUUUGAGCUGUAUUAGAUGUAUUCUCCUUGGACAGCAUGAAAAAUAAAACAUCCAAUGUUUUUUCUUUCUACUUUAAGUUCUGGAAAAAAAAGUCUUUAUCAUUAAUUUUUCAUGUUUGUAAAGCCGAUGGCCAUGCAAUUCUUUAUGCCUCUUAUUUCUUAUUUAUUUGAAGCAAUCAGCAGCUAUUAAUGUAUGAUUUGAGAAAGGAUGCAUCUAGGUUAUACCUUCUGUAACAUCUUCACAACAAAUAAAGCAAAAAUAUUUUCCCAGAACUAAUUGCGCCAAAAAAAAGUAUUUUGUAUAAUUUCACUUGUCAAUAUAUUUCAAUCUGUACGAUAGUUUGUCCUGUAAUAUUUCAUCCCCCCCACCCCAAUGUCGAUGUAUGUUUAGCAGUGUUGUCAUUCUUUCCAAGACAGUCAGCGUAGCUUAGCAUGAAAAACUGAAAAAAAAAGCUUUUCAUCAGUAAAUAGCUUUAUUUUUAUUGUGUGUGGAUAUUACCUUAUGAAUUUAUUUUCUACGAAGAACAGUCCGUCAUGCAGUCAAAGUCCAGAUAGUUUGUUUAGUCUCUUAGUGCUGGUUUAAAAACUGUAUUGUUUUAAGGAAUUGUUUUCAAAGGGACUAUGUAAAAACAAAGGGGAAAAAUAAAAACUGCAAAA